CGCGAACAACUUUACCCUCGCAUUCCUAUAUUACCCUCUUGUACGGUUGUGGGGUAUUCACUGAGGUCGGGACAAUCAGCCGUCGUGCUGAAUGAUUACUUCUUGUGAGGGCAGCCUAGUGAACUUUUUCCUGUUUUUCACGAUACCGCAAAAGUCGAAAAUUUUGUGUUGAAUUUUCGUCAUCCCGAGCGAAUAGCUUUCAAUCCUAUCGAAGGCGUCUUUCCUGCCGCCAACAACUCCAAUCAAUCUCAUCUUAUUCUCCCAACGAUUUAAGCCAAUUUAAAGAAAAUGGCCUUUGGACCUCCGCGUGGACGGGGCGGAGCACCCAGAGGGCGUGGAGGUGAUCGUGGGCGUGGUGGACGUGGUGGGAGAGGGGGUUUAGGAUUCUCAGACCGAGGGGGUGGGCGUGGUGGUGGUCGCGGAGGCGGUAGAGGUGGCAGAGGAGCCCCUCGUGGCCGUGGAGGUCGCGGAGGCGGAAGAGGCGGCGCGGGGGCUAAGGGUGGUGCCAAAGUUAUCAUUGAACCCCAUCGUCACCCCGGUGUCUUCGUCGCUCGUGGUGGGAAGGAAGAUCUCCUUGUUACCAAAAACCUCACACCAGGCGAAUCCGUCUAUGGCGAGAAGCGUAUCUCCGUUGAGUCAACUGCACCUGCCGCCAAUGGUGAGGUCCCCGCUGCCACCAAGACUGAGUACCGUGUAUGGAAUCCCUUCCGUAGCAAGCUGGCUGCUGGUAUCCUCGGUGGUCUCGACGACAUCUACAUGCGCCCGGGAUCGAAAGUGCUGUAUCUCGGUGCCGCCAGUGGGACAUCCGUCAGUCAUGUCGCUGAUCUCGUAGGACCUACGGGGACCGUCUACGCUGUUGAGUUCUCUCACCGCUCCGGUCGUGACCUGAUCGGAAUGGCUACCCACCGCACCAAUGUUAUUCCCAUCGUCGAGGAUGCCCGUCAUCCCCUUCGCUACAGAAUGCUGGUUGGAAUGGUUGAUGUAAUCUUUGCGGACGUUGCCCAGCCUGACCAAGCCAGAAUCGUGGGUCUCAAUGCCCAUCUCUUCCUCAAAGCUGGUGGUGCUGUUAUUGUUAGUAUCAAGGCAAACUGUAUCGACAGCACAGCUAAGCCUGAGGUUGUGUUCGCCAGGGAAGUCCAGAAAAUGAGGGAGGAGAAGAUAAAACCUAAGGAACAGCUCACACUAGAACCUUUCGAACGUGACCAUUGCAUAGUUGCUGGCAUCUACCGGCAGACUUGAUUAGUCCUUUUUGAAUUGUGUUGCAUUUCUUUUUGAAUCUUAUUCUCCUGGCUCUGCUUUUCUUUAUUGGUUUUCUCUCGUUUUCUUGCCUGAACAUGAUCUGAAAUCUCCGGCGUUUGAGUGCGUUUCCAGAGAAAAUUUUUUGUGGGUUGCAGUUAAUACUAUCAAUGUAUGACGUUUCAAAUUUCCUGUACUGUUUUCCUUUUUUCUUCUCUUGAUUUUGUUGGAAUUUUGAGUAAAUCAAAAAUGUCGGAUUUUUCCCGGUUCCGGUUCCGCCAGUUUAUCUCUUGAUAUGGCCAAUUGAAAUGUCACAUUGCAUUGUACAUUAUACCGUUAUGUUGGACAUUGUUUUUUGUCAUCGAAGGAUAAUCCUGCGGGGAUGAAAACAUCUGCGAAAGUGACUACUAUCCCAGCCGGCAUGUUGCUUCCUAUCUCAAAUCAAAGACCGAAAAUGCGUUUAGCGUCUGC